AUACAUGUGAGUACACUGAGAUGACCUUUGACCCUCUACGGAAGUGAAAGUAGAUCAGGCGGAUAUCGAACGUUUAAAAUUAAAUUCUGUGUAAUAUAAGUCGUUGAACUACGAACUUUUUUGUAUUGUUGGAUAUUAUAAUGGAUUAGAGCAAAAAUGUCAUUUAGCAGACGAGGAGGUUUUCGAAACAAGGACAGCAAGAACUAUGGUUCUGUCCAAGUUACAGAUGAACGGAGUCCAAGCCCACAACCAGUUGCUGGCCUCCAAGCAGACGAAAACAAGAUAGCCAAACUGAGAGGACAAGUGAAUGAAGUUAAAGACAUCAUGAAAGAUAACAUUGAGAAGGUUAUAGAAAGAGGAGAGAAAGCUCAAGACCUAAGUGAUAGAACAGAGAAUUUGGCUGUGACGAGUACCAGGUUCCGAGACAGUGCUGUAGAUUUAAGGAAACAUACUCAAAGAAAGAAUUGGAAACUUGUGUGUUGUAUCGUCUGCGUGGUGGUGGUCGUAUUAGCAAUAGCAGCAGUUAUUGUUCUUUUUGCAUUGAAGAUCAUUUAACUUGUGAUCCAGGCAGUAUUUCAUACCACUACUAGUCAACUUCAGGCGAAUUUUAGAAUGAUAAUCGAAGUUUAAAACAAUUAUUAUUAUGCUGAUGCAUAUUUUCAUUUACAUCACUAUCGUUUUGUACAUUACCAUGCCAUUUUUGAACCUCGAAGCUUUUAAAGUCAGAAUGGUUGGCCAGUGUGAGUGUGCGCAUGUGUGCGCGCUUGGGUGUGAAUGUGGAAGUUUGUGAGGUGGAUGUGGCGCAGCGAGGGGUAUAAUACGUGAUAUAGCAUCGGAAUUCUAAACAUUGACCAAUCAAAAGAGCUGCUGAGUUAUGGACAGUGCACCAUUUCAAAAACCACGUUGCGAUAUAUUUAUUAUCAUAACAGUAAAAAGCUAUAUACAGUACUUUUCAUUGCAACAUGCAAUAGGUACGGACAUAGUUCGACUUGAGUUUUGUUUAUAUAUUUUUUUGUAACAUAUCUGUACGGUGCCUGUACUUAUAUCAGGGGAAGUAACUCUAGUCAAACUUUUUCGUUGUACGUAUUGACGCCCCUGUAUAUAUGUAAAUAUACACAAAUGUAUGACGUUUGAAAUUACGGUAUGUCUGUUACUAUUUUUACACAUAGACAGAAAUAUAUAAUAUUGUUCACUUAUCAUACUAUACAUUCAUUUUCAUAUUUUUAUAAAAUAUAUGAUUUUAAUUAUUCGAUAAUUUACGAUAUAUAAUAAAAUGA